GUCGAAGAAGUUGAGGAAAAGUUGGAUUUGUGUGACAGAGCAGACGCACAGAAAAUAAAGGCUUUUGAUUUGGUUUAAUGUACUCACUUCAUAAAGUUACGUAUUGAGGCAUGUCGUCCAACAUAAAAAUCCCAAAAGACUCCUCCAACCCCGGCUCGGAAAGCAAAAUCAGUCAGACUCUCAAAAACGUCUUCGGAUUCGACUCAUUUCGGACUUCCCUGCAAGAAAACGCCACCAGAGCGGUGGUACAAGGUGAAAAGGAUGUGUUUGUGUGCAUGCCCACUGGUGCUGGGAAAUCACUCUGUUACCAGCUGCCUGCUGUCCUGGCUAAGGGAGUCACCAUCGUUGUGUCCCCACUCAUUGCACUUAUUCAGGACCAGGUGGAUCACCUUCUUGCUAUGAAGGUGAAGGCCUGCUCUCUGAACUCCACGCUUCAAGCACAGGAGCGGCGGAAGAUUGAAGCAGACCUACAGAGUGAGAGCCCCUGUAUCAAGCUGCUCUACAUCACCCCAGAGAUGGCAGCGUCCCAUUCCUUUCAGCCCUUGCUGUCCUUGCUGCUGUCCCGUGGGCUGCUGUCCUACCUCGUUGUGGAUGAGGCACAUUGCGUCUCCCAGUGGGGACACGACUUUCGGCCUGACUACCUGAAGCUGGGCUUUCUGCGGGACCGUAUUCCAGGAACCCCCUGUGUGGCACUGACCGCCACGGCCACAAAGAAGGUCCAGGAUGACAUUGCAAACUCCUUGCACCUGCGCCAGCCCCUUGCCAACUUCAAAACACCUUGCUUCAGGUCGAACCUCUUUUACGAUGUGAUCUUCAGGAAUCUGCUGCCCGACCCCUACUCAGACCUCAAGGAGUUCUGUCUGCAAGCGCUGGGAGAAAAGAACACAGAUGGGGGAUUCUCUGGUUGUGGGAUCAUUUACUGUCGGACCAGAGACAGCUGUGGAGAGGUGGCAAAUAAGCUGACCCAGAGAGGGAUCUUAUCCAAGGCUUACCAUGCAGGCCUGAAGGCAGGUGACCGGGCGACAGUGCAGAACAAGUGGAUGGAGGGCAAGGUGCCGGUCAUUGUGGCCACCAUCAGCUUCGGAAUGGGAGUGGACAAGGCCAACGUCAGGUUUGUGGCUCAUUGGAACAUUGCCAAGUCCAUGGCAGGGUAUUACCAGGAGUCCGGGCGAGCAGGCAGAGAUGGAGCACCCUCUUGCUGCAGGCUGUAUUACUCUAGGGCAGACCAGGACCAGCUCAGGUUCCUCAUCACAAAGGAGAUUUCCACGAGCCAGGCAAAACGUGGCACUGUGAAGGAUUCUGAUAAGGCGACCAUGGCUGGUUUUGAAGCCCUAGUGGCCUUCUGUGAGCAAGAUGGCUGUCGACACGCUGCAAUCGCGCAGUAUUUUGGGGAUGAGAAACCACACUGCAACAAGUCCUGUGAUUUCUGCAAGAACCCUGCGGCAGUCAGGAACCAGCUGGAGUUGUCUCGGUGUCUGGGGUCAGAUGGAAGGACCCACAUCGGGCCGGCUGCUCCAUCGACCGGGCCCUUUGGCUAUGACCGGGAGCUGUACGCUGGGGGCCGCCGUGGCUAUGGCUUUGAAAGGUAUGACAUAUCUGAGGAGGAUUAUGAAGAGGACCCAGAACAUCGGAAGCAGGAAUGGAACAGUUUUUUCCAGAAGCAGAUGAGUAUACGCAAGAAUAAGGAGACACCAAAGGAAGACUUUGUCCCCCCCGACCUGUGGUCUCCUCUAAGAGAGGCUGCAAGCCAGAAGAUUCCCCGGCUGUCUGUGAAGGCUCGGGAGCAUUGCCUGCGCAUGCUGGAGGAAGCCCUGAGCAGCCAGCAGGGGGCAGUCUCCACGGGGAGCAGCCCUGACCCCCAUUCCCGUGCUGUUGAGAUGGAGUAUGAAGCCUUCAAAGGAUGCAAGUCAUCCAACCUGUAUAAGGCAGCAGUGCUUAGGAAGGUGUCAGAGAUAAAGAAGGGGAAGGCAGAUGGACAUGUGCCCCCAACCUCCAGCACUGGGCCCAGCGGUGCAGAGAGUCCCCCUGAGAGUGACGAAGCGAAGCCUGGAGCCUCCACUGAGGGCUUUGUGUCUGCCACUCAGAUCUACUCUUUGAAGUCGAAGCGGGUGGGCGCUGGGUUCAGAGGCUCGUCUAACACGUUCCAGUCUGCUGCUGAGCUUCUGCGUGCCUCUAGGAGCCCUGAGGAGGCUGGCAGCUCAAGGACCGAGACUACGGAGGAACACCCUUUCACAGGAGGGUCGAAUCGGGCAGGAGGUGAUGAAAACCUCACCACAGACAAGGAGAGAAGCCAGCAGCUGCCCAGUGCCUCCAAGAAGAACUCACUGUGGAACAGCCCAACCAAAAAUAUCAAACGCUCCAAGAAACUGCUGCAGCUGGCCGAGUCGGCCAUGAAGGACUCCCAGAGCAUCACCAAGUUCUUCACCAAGAAGGAGGAGAGUAUUGGUGAUUCGACCGAUCUGCCUCAGACUCUGGCUCUGACUCCUGGGCCUCUAAAGACCCACAGAACUUCUGAAAUGCAGGAUAGGGUCUUAUGUUUAAAAACAACCCCAUGUGUGGAUGGUGCCUUGGAAACAAACCAGAAUCAAGAAUUCCCCUCUGUAGAAGAAGAAACGCAAUUAUUAACAGCCGUUGAUGGUGUCAGUUGUCAGAAAACCACUGCAAAAGAGAGGACAAGCAUUCUGCCUGAGAAGGAGCUGGAAGAUGAUAGAAACCCUGUCUCCAAUACUUGGAAGAGACCUCUCGCAGAGGAGGGACCCCAGGGCUCUCAAGCCCCACCCCCCAAGCGGCAGCAUCCUGGCAUUGCGCCCCCCAUAUUGUGUCAAGCCGAGGGCAAGGGUACCCUGGUGAAGAAGAAGGUCAGUUUUCACCCCACCCUGGCGGAGGAGGAGCUGGAAGAAGGGGAUCCCCGAGUAGCACAACCGCCUGCAGGGAAGGCAGCAGUGUCUCUCAAGGAGGCAGCUGACAUUGUUGUGAAGUACUUGACACCAUUCUACAAGAAUGGCAGGUUUGCUUCCAAGGAGCUGUUUAAAGCUUUUGCAAAAUUCUUGUCUCACCGGCUGACUGAAGGAAAGACACCCCAUAGAAAAAAUGUGAAGGGAGCAGCCCAGCGGCUGAUCAAAAGCUUCUUCAAGGAUCGUCCGCAGAUUGAGAGCGAGGAGGACUGGAGACACCUGCAGAGCAAUGAGGGCCCGGAGACCCAGGGCACCAAACCAACACUGCUCCCUCAUACCAGGGAGGACACAGGCUAAACUUCUCCAAGGUGCCUUAGGCUCAAAACUGAGAAGCACUUGAAAAAUCUUUUGGGGUUGUAUAUCAAGAACUCUCAGUGCAUGUUCUUCCUUUGAUGCUGCUAAAUCAAAAAAUAGGCUUAAUCUCUUACAGCCCUGCACAGUUGCGCAUGUCAAAAAACAUAUUUGCAGGCUGCUUUGUGAGCUCCAGGGGUUACCAACCUGUCUGAAAUCUGUCUGGCAACAUAGGAUAUGAGCAGGGACAGCAAAGGGUUAACUAACUGCAGCAUAAUGGCUCUCGGUACAGGACAGUCCAACAGGGAAAUGUUUUAAUUUGAAAUGUUUCAUUAUUUGUUAAUUUAUUUUAAUUCAGCACAGAUAUAUGUUUUCCUUCUUUUUCUGCUUCAUCCUACAAACCACACUGGAAACAGAGUAUUAUCUGCUCUCUCCAUUUUCUUUUAAAGACCUCCCUUUAUCUGUGAAAAAUGGUUUAGAUACAGAAGCAAUUGCACAGAGGUUUUCAAGUGUCCUCCAAGAACCAUGGGGAAUGGUUUGGAGAAGUUACUUAAUCUGUUAGUUGCAAGUUACUUGAACAACAUUGUAACUAGCUACAGUAAUUUAUCAGCUAUAGUUGUGAGACCACCAAAAUCACACUAUGGACAGGGAUAGGAUCCCUCAGUGCAAUCUGCUUGGUCUGCAUAAUCCCAUCGCACUGACUAUAAAUGUGAUAAGCGGUGAAAAGGGAGCUCUUUGACACAGAUGUGUCCUGGAUAUUUCAAUUUAACUCUCUUUAUUAACGCUUGCAUACAGUUUUGUAUGGUACUAGAAAUAUCCUUUAGUUUUUUUUUUUUUACUUGGUAUACAUGCAACAGGGUUGAUGGUUGUUUUGUAACCAAACAACUGUAGAUUCCUUUUCAAUUUUUCAAAACAAGGCUUUAAACGCAGUUUAUUUCCUCUUACCUGUUUUAAAUGAAAAAGAAAAUCCUUUGAUUACACUAUGUAACACAAUUUUUGUUCCUGGGUAGUAAGUGUUA